UUUUCCCACGUGACUUUGUUAGAAUCGUACAUGUCCAAUCAGUAGCAACUGUUUUUAAACAGAUAAAAACAGAUCAAAUACCAGGUGUGUGUUUUCAUACACGGGCAACUAGGGGGCUCGCGUGUGUUUUUCGUGAUGCUGCUUCUACGCCGUGAUUGGUCAGAUCUUUGACCAAUGUCCUAGUGUGGAGUGAAGGUUGUCGACAAUCUGGUCAAGUAGCGUCAGGUGCUAACAGAUUUCUGGAACAUUCUCUCUACAGUGAAGUGUGUGACCGUAAGAAACAUAGAAGGAAAGUUAUCCACAGCAGAAUGUUCUUCACGUCCCCGCGACGAGGAAAUGUCAGGAUGACAGAAACGACAGACAGGAUGAUGGAGGACCAGAGGCAGCGGGCAGCGACCACACAGGUGUUUUCAGAGGAACCUGCUGUCACUCUGUUCAAGUCUGACGUCACAUCCUUCAGCUCCUUCAGCUCCACCUCUACUGGAGGUAAGAGAUCUCCAAGUAUGGAGGACAACCUGGACGUGUCCUCUGCGGAGGACGACAAGAGCUCCAUUCAAAAGCACCAUGAGAAGUCCCAGCGCCUCCACACUGUGAAGAAGCAUCACUGCACCAAGUGUGGGAAGAACUUCUCGGAUCGGUGGAUCCUCAAACAGCAUCAGUUCAUCCACGCCAGGGAGAAACCCUACGUUUGUGCGGAGUGUGGGAAGAGCUUCACGGUCCAGUCCAAUCUGAAGCAGCACAUGUGCAUCCACAUCGGGGAGAAACCCUACGUCUGCACCGAGUGUGGGAAGAGUUACACGGUGCAGUCCAGUCUGAGGCAGCACCUGUUCAGUCACGCCAGGGAGAGACCGUACGUCUGCACCAAGUGUGGGAAGAGCUUCAUCGCUCAGUCCAGUUUCAAGAAGCAUCAGUACAUUCACAACGGACAGAAACCGUACGUUUGUACCAAGUGUGGGAAGAGUUUCAACGACAGGAGCAACCUGAACCGACACCAGCACCUCAACUGUAAGAACCCCAUGUCUCUGACGGCCGCGGACCAUCCGUCCUUCACCGAGUGACUGGCGGUCAGACUGACUCCUCUGUGUGUGAGGUCAAAGGUCAAGUGUACCAUCAUUGACUCACAGUCACCAGUAGGAUGUACAGUAGUGAUUCAGUUUGACGUAGAACAAACAGAAGACGUGAAGAAUAUUUAUUUCCUCUUUUCAUUUUUGACAUUUUUAAAACUAACCCUCUGACCAAACCCACCCACAGGUACAGAACCACACCAGCUAAAAAAAUGACUUCAAUGAUAAUGAAUAAUGAUUUCCUUCACUGUCUUUAAUGUAAACUGUAGACGGACGACGAUGACCUGAGAUAAAAGUACAAAGGUUUGGAACUAUUGAACUGACUGUGACCAAAUAAAUGGGAUUAAAGUAUUCUUCACUGCA